AUGAAGGAGCUCUCCCCCAUCGUUUUGCUGAUUUCUUUUGCACACAUUUGUUUUCUCUGUGCUUUUCUGGAUGGAGCUCGCGCCCAGGAAGGUCCUGCUGCUGAUGCACUUCGUCGGGGGUUGACAUGGCAACAUAACGGGCAGGUUUUCAGCAUCCUGAGCCGUGGCUCUCAGUACAGGCCCUCCGCAAGGAGGCAAAGCGGAUCACCCGGCCAGGGGAACCCCGUGGUUGUCCUCAGCAGUGCUAACGAUACAGCCCGGGGCUCCCCGAGGGUCCCUGCGGCCAGCAGCUCGGCGCAAUUACGCGCCAUGACGCACCAGCGGCGGCAGCGACCUGACUCCGGCGCGGUCGGACGGGAGGACGUGAUGGUGGGAGAUGAUCCCUACGACCCCUACAAGCCUUCCAACUAUGACCCUUACUAUAACUACUACAACUCGUACUACAGACCUAGACCUCGGGUUCAACCCCGACCCGGUUAUGGCACCAGCUACCACCAGAAUGGACUCCCUGAUCUGGUUCCUGAUCCAUACUACAUCCAGCUCGCUACCUACGUCCAGAGAGUGCCCAUGUACAACCUGCGCUGUGCUGCAGAGGAGAACUGCCUUGCCACGUCUUCUCGUUAUUCUCAGGAUUAUGACACCAGAGUUUUACUGAGGUUUCCUCAGAGGGUGAAGAACCAGGGAACGGCCGACUUCCUGCCCAGCAAACCUCGAUAUGCCUGGGAGUGGCACAGCUGUCAUAAUCACUUCCACAGCAUGGACGAGUUCAGCCUGUACGAGCUGCUGGAUUUCCGAACUUAUAGUCAAGUGGCUGAGGGUCACAAGGCCAGCUUCUGUCUGGAGGACACCUCCUGUGAUCCAGGAUACUAUCGCCGCUUCGCCUGCACCUCACACACUCAGGGUUUGAGUCCAGGUUGCUAUGACACCUACAAUGCUGACAUCGACUGUCAGUGGAUUGACAUCACUGACGUCUCUCCUGGAAAGUACAUCCUGAAGGUGACAGUAAACCCCAGACAGCAAGUUCCAGAGUCCAACUUCAACAACAACGUCGCUCGAUGCGAUGUUCAGUACACCGGCACCUCUGCACAUGUCUCUGGAUGCACCAUGACAGCGUGA